CUCCCCCAGCCAAAGCCCGAGGCGGAACCCGUGCUAUCGGGAAGGGCCUGCUUUAAGGAGACGAUAACGACUAAACUCCAGCAUAUGUACGUGACUGACUUAUCACAGUGUAUCAUCAGUGCUCCAGGGCCUGUGGGCUCUAUUCAUGUGAAGAAUGUCACACAGGCCAUCGUUUCACUUGUUUCGGAUGGGCCCGUCUUCAUUCACGAUUUCACCGACGCUAUUCUCAUCGUGAAAUGCCAUCAAUUGAGAGUGCACAAUACGAAAAACGUCAAGCUUUUUAUGGACGUAGGAUCGAAAAGGGCGAUUAUUGAGCAGUGUUCGGCGUUGACGGUGGGGCUGUAUCCUGGCUCCCAGAAUAUGGUUGAAAUUGACGAUUUCAGCUGGCCAACAAAGAACCAGGCCAACCCUCAUUAUGAUUUUUCUACCGAGAGUCCAAACUAUAACUGGGUUGACAGUAUUGGAGACGGUAGUUUGUCCCCAGAGGUGGUGAGACGAUUA